AUUCAUUAGGAAACUCACACACACACGCACCACACCCCACCACACACACGAGUGAGCCAGCCGAUCCAGCCACCGGCGCUCACUUGCGCUGCAGGAGGUUUGCCAGCGACCCCGCCGUACCGCCCUUCCCCCCUCCGCCACCCCCACCUGCUGCUGCUGCUGCUGCCGGUGCCCUCUUGGGAUUGGCCUGCCCUCGACUGCAGCAAGCGACCACACCACACACACACACACACACACACAUACAUACACACAUGCAGUAGUCUUUGGUGUGCGUCUGUGUAGUCAUCGCUCACUUUGGAGGGGCCUGGCCGUGCGAUGCGCCGCUAGUGCUUCCAGCAGGGUCGCCGGCACGAGACGAGCUGGCCGUCCACACCCACCUGACACACACACAUGCAAACAAAGAGACGACAACUCGUCGUGUCCCCCGUGGCCAUGUCACGAACGAACGAACAUACCGUUUCCCGCCAGCGGCCUGUCCCUGUCGCGAGUCGCCCUCAUCCAUGGAGUCAAACUUGAAUCCGCUACUGCUGCCCACGCCCAUGCCCAUACCCAGGCCAAUACCCACACCCAUCGAAGAGCCGUCUCCCCUCCCACCACCACCACCCACACCACCCACACCACCCACACCCCCUGCCCCAGCUGCAGCGGCCUCCUCCUUUUUCUUUUUCAGGGCACCGAAGAGCCCCUUGCCGCCCUUCUUCGGGGCCCCCUUGGCCUUGCCCUUGGCCUGCGCCGCUGCUGGGGGGGCGCGUGUGCCGCCGAUGGGCACCUCGUCGAGCAGACACGAGAAGUCUUGCGGGGGAGGGGCUGCGGGUGCUGGUGCUGGUGCUGGUGCUGGUGCGGGCUGCUGCUGGUCUUGCUGCCGAGGGCGGUGGGCGCGGAACAUCGGAUGGAGUUUGUCGUCUGAUGCUGCAGUGGGGGGCUGUUUCUUGCCCUGGCCGCCACCCGUCAUGAGCUGCUGGAGGCCGGAUGAGAUGGGCCGGCUCAUCUGACGCUCCAGGUCCUCGUCCACAGGACCGACAAACGCCACUCGCUUCACCGGGGGCGGUCGGCUGCCUAUCUGGCUGCUCGAGUCGCCACCCACGCCGACGCCCACGCCCGAGGGUGCCGGCCCCUUCUUCUUCCUGUCGAAGAUGCCUCUCGCCCGGUCCUGCACCUUCCACUCAGUGCCGCCCUCGCCCCUCUCUAUGACGAUCUCCUUGGGCGGCUUGGGGCCCUUCUUCUUCUGCUGCGCCGCGUCGGGCUGCUGCUGCUGCUGCUGCUGCUUGGCGGCGGCCAGGUGGGCUCCACUGCGAAUGACGUUUUGGUUGUGGUCGAUCUUGGACUGGUAGAGGGUGACGAUGGUGUCGAAUGUGGUGGCUUUGCUGGCGUCGAGGGCGAUGUUGCGGAUGCAGCGGCGUGUGAGGUCGGUGGCGGCCUUGAGGCGGUCGUCGCGGUGGGCCUUGUAGGUCCGGGGAUUGGUGCGGAAGAAGGCCUUCAAGAGACGCAGCAACGGCCUGAUCCAAGGAAGGAUCGCAAGAGAGAGACAAGGAUGAAGAUUGUGUUGUGUGUCUGGGGGGAUUGGUCGCCUACUUUUCGUAUUGUCUGCGGGUCUUUUCGAUGAGCAUGUCGGCGACCUCCUGCUGGGUGGCCUCGCCAGCACGGAACCGCUGCACACAUACACACACACACAUGCGUCCACUGUGUCGAUCCGUCGAUCUCAUAUAUCUGUGGCUGCCGUCCAUCCGUCGGCAUCCGUCGGCCCGUCUCACUCACCUGUCUGACGAGCUCUUCCUGUUGCUCCAGUCUCUGUCUCUUUUCCUCAUCGUUGUCAUCGUCGUUGUCCGCCUGUCCGUCAUCCUGUUCAUCGUCUUCGCUGAACUCCUCCGGCUCGAGGUCGUCAAGCUCAUCCUCGCUGUCGUAGUCACUCGACACUGCGGACAGACACCAGGGAUGGGCAAAGAGACGUGUUGCGGAGGUAGCUAUGUGUGGGCCUUCCUUCUCGCGUCUCGUCUCACUCUCGUCGUCAUCUAGCUCGUCGUCCUCAUCAUCCUGGUCGUCGUCCUCCCCAUCGAGCAGUUUCUGUCGCCUCUUGGCCUCGAUCCGCUGCCGCCGGUUGAGCCCAUCCGCCUCGUCCUCGCCCAUCUCGGCCGCACGUCGCCGGCCGCGACGACGUCGACGGCCACCUGAUCAAUCCAUCCAUGGACACACACAGGCGUGGGUGUGGUGUGGGGUGGGGGCUGGGAGGCAGUGAGAGGUGCACCCACCCUUGAAGACGGCUUCGAGUAUUUCUUCCUCCUGUUCGUGUAGCCACUCCUGGUGGAGGGCGGCGUUCUCGGCGCGCUUGUCGUCGCCCAGGAACUUCUUCUCCUUCUCCUUGGUCACCAGGUCAGACACAUUGCUGACGGACGGACACAUGCAACACCGACCGACGUUAUACACACAUGGAUUGGAUGUAGUGUGUCAGUGGGCAGCUUGGUGUACCUACCUAUCAGAGUCUUCGUCAUCAUGCUCAUCCCGUUUCUUCUUGGCGAUUCGCCUGCCGAGCAGCGCGGCGCCCCCGAUGCCGUCGUCGUCUUCCUCAUCGUCGGCCUCGGCCUCGAAAAACUGACGCUCCACACGACGAAGGCGCUCCUUCUCCCUGUCCCAGCCAACACACAUACAGACAGACACCAUCAAUCAGGCCAUCCUCUUGGUUGACGCGUGUGUAUGCUCAGAUGAGAUGCUCACUCCCGUCGUUUCUGUCUGAGCCGCUCCCGCACGAGCGGGUCGAUGGCCACCUGCUCCUCCUCCUCAGACGAAGAAGACGACUCCUCAGGCCGCACCAGCCGGCGAAUCUUGCGCUUUGCAGGCUUUGGGGCAGCCCCUGCCUCCGCACCCUCAACAUCCGCACCACCACCACCACCACCCACACCAUCACCACCACCGCCAGAACCCUCCAUUGGCACGUCGGCCGGCGGCUCUUGCUCCUUGAUCGCCGCGUCACGCUGGUCGGCUGGUGCUGUCGGUUUUGCCUCGGCUGCCGUGGUGUCGGUGCCAGGGUGGGCGGCGUCAGGUGGGGUGUCGGGCUUCUGGCUCGGUUGGGGGGCUUUGCCCUUCUGCUGCAUGGCGGCGAACAUCUGGGGCAGGGGCCCGCUGGCGGGCGGCUUGGGCUUGGGCUUGGCCGCUGCCGCUGCAUCCUUGUCCUGCUUGUUGUGGGCUGCGGUGUCGCCUUUGUCCCCAUCCGUCUUGUGGAAGAAGCUGCGGAUGUCGGCCAUGCCCUUUUUCCUGCGCACAUAGCCCCCGCUCUUGGCCUCAGCCAAUGCCGGCGGCCUCUCCUUGGCGCUGUUGCCGUUGCUGGUGGUGGUGGUCUCUGGCUUGGCCGCCUCAGCGUCCUUUGAGGAUGAUGGCAUGGGCAUCUGCUCUUCCUCCUCGAUCAGCGGUGCGUCGUCAUCGAACGGCGGGGGCGGCUCGGACGGGGGCAUCUGCUGUGGCUGUGGGCUGUCGGCCGCCUCCGACUGCCCUCUGCCCAUCUGGCUCAUAUCCAGUGGCCCCGGCGCCGUCGCCACCGAGCACUCAUACAUCUGCGAGGGCCACCCCUCCGGCGGCCUCUCCAUGCCCAUGGCCAUGCCCACAUCACGCGAGACAAACCGGCCGGGCUGGCCCAGCCCCAUCAUGGUGGCCUCGUCGUCGGCGCCGCCCCAGUGCUGGUGGGCGUGCUGCCGGAUGACCACGCGAGGGGGCGGCUGUGGCUGGGAGGGGAGGGUAGAGGGGCCGCCGUGGAACGGCUGCGUGGCCUCGGCGCACCGGUAGAGGUAGGAGUCGUCAUCGGGCUGGCUGGCGGGGGGCAAAGGGGGGCGGGGAGUGCACGCCUGGACCGCAGACAGAGAGACAUCCAUGACAAGAUGAGACAGAUGCAUGAGACACACAGGGGAGGGGGUGGGGGGUGGGGUGUGCUUGCCUCCAUGGGUAUGGAUGAGUUGUCGUCAUGGGACUUGCUCUGCGAUUUGCCUUGCUCGCUGCCCACCCCUCCUCCACUACGCGAGUCCGCCGCGUCGACCGAUCCAACACCAAGCUGCCAUCCAUCACCAAGCAAACAAGACAGACACGCGCACCAUCCACCAAUCCAACACUCUGAGCACAUGGCCCGCCCCCCAUCCCUCCAUUCUCUCACCGAUGAGGAGACGCUGUCGUCCUUGCCCGCACCACCCUGGCUGCCCCCCUGUUGUGUCUCCUCCCCCACGGGCGACGCAUCCGCUCCCCGUAUGCUGUCCGUCGGCAGGUCAGGCACCUCAAACCGACCCGACUCAUCCUUCUUGGCUUGUGGUGCGGCAGCAGCAGCACAAGCAGCAGCGGCCACCGGCGGCUGCUUUGACUGCUUGGGCUGCUUCGGAGGGGGUGGUUCCUUGGGUGGCACUUUGCGUGGUUUGGCCUUUUCCUUGGCCUGCGGCGGGGGUGCUGGAGGUGGUGGCGCUGGGGGCUGCAUGGACUCCUCGUCGUCGACGAGCUCUAUCUCGACAUCGUCGUCAUCCUCAGCCACAGGCCGGCCCGCUGGCACAUGUGCUUUGGGCUGUGCCUUUGCCUUGGCCUUGGCAGCUGCACCGCCCGCAUCCUUCGCCGGAGGGGCCGCAGGCGCCUUGGGAAGCCCACCUGCACCGGUGGCCAUCCGGGCGUCGCUGGCUGUCCUACUGGGCGGCUUGGACGGGGGCUUCGACGCCGGCUGUGACUGUGGCUUGGCUUUAGGCUGGUUGCUGUCCUGCUGCUGCUGGGGCUGGGGCUGCUGCUGCUGCAUUGAUGAGUUGUGUCGCGAGAUGCCUGUGGGGGUGGGUCUGGGUGGGGGAGGUGGGGGCUGCAUGGACUCCUCGUCCGGGGGCGCUGAGGCUGUGGGGGUGGGCUUGGGCGGAGGGUUCUUGGGCUGCGGCAGACGGCCGCCGAGGAUUUGCUGUCGUGAGGGAGAAGGGAGAGGAGACAUGGGAUGAAUGUGUAUAUGUGUGUGUGUGUGGUGGCCGUGCUGUUGGAGUACCUGUGCGAUUUUCUUUCUGUUCAUGAUGGCGACUCUCUCCUGGAAGGCGGCCCGCCUGGCGUCGAGGCCGUAGGUGUCCUCGUCAGCCUCGAUGAACAGCUGCAUGCACCCGCAACACCACACACACACGGACAGAACAGCCGGUGGGCAUGCCUUUUGUCUGUUCUGGUGUUUAUGUGUGUGUGCGCGCGUGUGCGCGCGUGUGUGUGUGUGUGUGUGUGGCUAACUUCGUCUUCUCCAAAUUUGUCGCUUUUGCGUCCCUGUUUGUCUUCGCUGAAUUUGAUGUCGGCCAUGAUGGUCGUCUUGAGGAACUUCUGGGCCAGACGCAGGUUGCGCGCCUCAACACCACCUGACAGACACACACACACAGAAAGGCCACCACAGACAGACAGACAGCAUCCGUCAGGGAAAUGUGUGGUGGCCGUCCCUCGUCUGGCUGCCUUCCUUCGCUCUCACCGACCGUCUCUAUUCCGUUCCUGCAGGGCGCGUUCUAUCUUUCUGUCUAGCUUCCUCUUGGCCUUCUGCCGCUGCGCCUCCAGCCGCUCUGUGUUCUCUGCCACACACACACAUACAUACGAAAUGCCCGUGUAGUCUCAACGCCUCUCUCCCUCUACCUUUUCAGUAGCUCACCAGGUACGGUGAAAAGUCCCGUGAGUUCGCCAAUGUGACGGUCAUUCUCGUCAUGGCGCUCGCCCUCCUUGUCGUCGUCAUUCUCUGAACAACACGACAGGAGACAGACAGACAGACAGACAGCGCCCCCCAGGAGUGAGUGCUGUGAGGGUAAGUGUGUGCGUACGUUGUCGCAAUUGUUCGUCGUCCUGCUCGUUGAACAAAUCCGGAUCGAAUUCCACACCACCCAUUUCUAAUCAACGAGCCGCACACACACAUGGUUCCACUUGUUCGUUCGUGCAGGCAUACGCACCAUGGCCAGCCAUCUCUCUCUCUCUCUCUCUCUGUGUGUGUGUGUGUGUGCGUGUAUGUGUGUGUGGAUCUCACUGAUUGAGUCUUUGCAUUCCUUCUUGAGUUUGGCGGCCUUGUGCUGCUCCAGUAACUUGCCGGCGUCCACCACGUUGGCCACCCGCCGCUCACCCCCCGGCAGGAAUGACUUGGUCGUCGGCUCAGCCAGACGCAGCGCGCUCGCCAGAUUCACCAGAAACACCAGCUGACAUGACAGCACCAAAACGGCCCACAUCACAUGACACACACACAUGCGACACGGAGCGGAACGCGUCGGUCUCACUCACCGUGGUCCGUCCGUGUGGGGACAGGCUGAGUGGGCCCUUGUCGUUGUUGGCCUCCUUUGGCGCCUUGGCUUUGCUGCCGGGUUUGGGUUUCUUCUUGCUGAGGAAGUGCAGGUGGCAGUUGUAGAGCUGCACCAGCUUGUGCAGGUGCACCUUGCCGUCCUUGUCACGGUACAAACUACACACACAUGAAUGAGGAGAGUCAAGGACGGACACACACACACAUACAUACAUAAUCAGUGUGUGUGGUGGGGGGGUGGGAUGGCUGACGUGCGUGUCUGGUCAGUGUCGAGAAAGUGGGUGGGGUGCGCCUUGGGGUUGGCCAGCAUGUCGCCCACACCAGGGAUCUCACCCUUGGCUCGCGAAAACCCCUCACUCGGAUCCUUCUGCACACACAAACACACACACACACACACACGGGGGCGGGUGCAUACAGCUGUUUUCUUUGUGUGCCCAUGGGUCUGGUCUCUUCUGUGGACCGACCCCCUCCCUCACCAUGAACCCCUCAGUGAGUUGUUCGAGCAGCAGGAGCUGUUCCAUCCACACCCGCUUGAUGGCCCGGCCCUUGUCCUUGAGCACCUCCCGCCGCCCCUCGUUGAGCAUCUUGACCACCACCCGGCUCCUCUCGUCGCUAGGAGCCAGGCGCCACGGCGCCGCUACCGUCCUCUCACACACCUCGUCCUCACCCUCAGCGUCUUCCUCCUCUGUCUGUUGCUGUCGUUGCUGCUGCUGCUGUUCGUCGGUCGCCGCGUCCGGCAUGCGGCUGUCGUCAUCCUCGAAAAGAAUAGACUCGCCACCGAUGUGCGGUGGCUUGCCGUCAUCCGCUGCUGUGGUAGUGGGGGCCGCUGCAUGGUCGUCGGGCUUGGCUGCGGAAGCUGCUGAUGGCGCCUGCUGAUCGAUGGAGGUGGGGUGGGUCUGUGGCGGGGGCUGCCGUGUGGGGGCGUCGUUUUCCUCCAUCUUGACCUCAUGCUGCUGCUGCUGCCCCUCGCCCUCACUGCAGGGUGGCUUGGUCUCGCCACUCUCAGCCUUGGGCUCACCAUCGCCGUCAGCCCCCUCCUCCUUCUUGACAUGUGCUGCGUCUGCCGACUCAGCCCCACCCGCACCCUCCUCCCCUCCCUGCCCCCCUCCCUGGUCCUCCUUCUUCACUCCUGUGGCAUUGUUGACGGACCUUUUGGGCGGGAAGAGGUAGGUGAGCGGCUUGAGGGAUGCGUGUGGGUCGCCAGUCUCGGCGAGCCUUGUCUUGACGACGCGCCAGAAGGGGAGAUGCCAGACGCCGAAGGUGACGUCGGCCUCCUGGUCAACCCGCCACUCGUCGUCCUCGUAGUUUUCGUCGGCAGGGUCGACCCGCUGCGGGCGGGCCAUCUGGCGGAGGGACUCCUUGUCGUCCUCGGACUCGCUGGGGCUGGGGCUGCUGCUGCUGCUGCUGCUGCCUUCGGAUGGGGCGCUGAAGUCGCUGCCGGCCUCCUCGCUCUUGGCGUCAUCGGCUUCCUCCUUCUUGACCUUCUUGACCUGACCCGGACGGAGGCGACGUGCAUAGCACACGUGAGCAGAGUUCUCUCCUCCAUGAGGGUACUACCUACCUUUGUCUUUUUGUUUUUGGUCUGCUUUUCCUUCUUUAUCUCCUUCUUCUUGUUGUUGUUGGCUGGUUUGGCUUUCUUGCGCUUGGGCCCACCCGGCUUGUCCCUCUCCUCGAUGUGCAGGUCGUCCUCUGCCGACGCACAACCAACCUGAAUGAAGGCAAGCAGCAACACAACCAAGGAAGGACACAUUACAUAUAUCGCAGUGGCAUGUGUGCAAUGUGCAUCUGCCGGCAUGAUAUGAUGCAGCCGAGCCGACCUUCUCGGUAGCCGGCUCCUUCCGCUUCUUGCGAUUCUCCUCGGGCGCCUCCUCCAUCUCACCUGCAGUGAGUGCAGCACACACGCAGCCAGCCAGGCAGCCAGAUGUGCAUCCACGCAAAGGCAUUUGGUUCGUGCCUUACUACGUUUCCGCCUUGGCGGCUGCUGCCGCUCGCCACCACCCUGGUCCGAUUUUUCAUCCACCCUCUCCUUGCCCUCACUCCCGCUAUGACCGUCACCCUUCCCGCCGCCGUCCGCCCUGCCGCCAUCGCCAUCCUCCUCCUCGUCCUCUAUGACCAGCUCAUCCUCCUCACCCGAAUCCACGCCGCCAUCUGCACCGCCACCCUGUUUGCCAUCGCCAUUCUGCUCCUCCUGUUUUGCUUUCUUUGGAGGCGGCGAUGGGUCGGGACUGCGCUCGCUGUGGCGCUUGCCGGGCUGCUCGGCCGCCGGCGCCAUGCUCUCGUCUUGGUCAUCGGCAGCUGCUGCAUUGGACUCGCGCUGAGGCCUCCGCAGCCGACGACCUCUUUUCCUGUUCCAAUUCACAUGUGAUGUGAUGAUGAUAUGAGCAUGGGAUCUUCGCAUCGGUAGUGGGAUUGUGGCUGGCUUACCUUGGAGCGCUAUCGUCCAUAUGCGAUGCUAUUCCAACGCACAAACAGCGGCCGG